CCCAGCCCGGAGCCCCGCCUCUUCCCGGAAGAAAGAUGGCCGCGGCCUAGCCGAGUCCGGCUGGAGGCGUCACAGCUUCGGCGGCUCCCGGGCGCUCCUGGCCACACGCGCAGGCGCCCCGCGGGCCGGACCCGGGGCCAUGGCGUCCAGGCCAGCUCCCUGCUGUGGCCUGGCUCCUCGCUGCCUCUGGCUCCUGGGCCUCUUCCUGCUGAUGGACGCGUCCGCCCGGCCUGCCAACCACUCGUCUGCCCGGGACAGAGGCGGCCGCAGGGAGGACAAUGAGAUCCUGCCCCCUGACCACCUGAACGGGGUGAAGCUGGAGAUGGACGGGCACCUCAACAAGGACUUCCACCAGGAGGUCUUCCUGGGGAAGGACACGGACGGGUUCGAGGAGGACGCGGAGCCUCGGAAGAGCAGGAGGAAGCUGAUGGUCAUCUUCUCCAAGGUGGACGUGAACGGGGACAGGAGGAUCAGCGCCAAGGAGAUGCAGCGCUGGAUCGUGGAGAAGACGGCCGAGCACUUCCAGGAGGCCGUGGAGGAGAGCAGGGCGCACUUCCACGCGGUGGACCCGGACGGCGACGGCCGCGUGUCCUGGGAGGAAUACAAGGUGAAGUUCUUGGUGAGCAAAGGCCACAACGAGAGGGAAGUUGCUGAGAAGAUAAAGAACAACCAGGAGCUGAAAGUGGACGAGGAGACACAGGAAGUCCUGGAGAACCUCAGAGACCGCUGGCACCAGGCGGACAACCCCCCGCCGGACCUGCUGCUGACCGAGGACGAGUUCCUGUCCUUCCUGCACCCCGAGCACAGCCGCGGCAUGCUCAGGUUCAUGGUCAAGGAGAUCGUGCGGGACCUGGACCAGGACGGUGACAAGCAGCUCUCGCUGUCUGAGUUCAUCUCCCUGCCCGUGGGGACCGUGGAGAACCAGCGCGGCCAGGACAUGGACGACAGCUGGGUGAGGGACAGGCGGAAGGAGUUUGAGGAACUGAUUGACUCCAACCACGACGGAAUCGUGACCAUGGCAGAGCUGGAGGAGUACAUGGACCCCAUGAACGAGUACAACGCCCUCAACGAGGCCAAGCAGAUGAUCGCCAUCGCGGACGAGAACCAGAACCAGCACCUGGAGCCCGAGGAGGUGCUCAAGUACAGCGAGUUCUUCACGGGCAGCAAGCUGGUGGACUACGCCCGCAGCGUGCACGAGGAGUUCUGAGCGGCGGCCGGGGCCGCCCACACGCUGCUCUUCGCUUCUGAGAACUGGAGCCGCCACGGCACUGACCACGGGCCACAGCUCACCCGCCCGCGUGGGAGCAGCUUCGGGUUCCUGGGAGCUGUGAGGCUGGGCGUGGUGACCUGUUCCCUGGGGAUCAGCGCGGCCGCAGGCGGCGCCCGAGCUGCCCUCCGUCCCCGGGAGUCACGGACCUGCGCAGAGCCACACUAACUUAUUUAAAGUGUAGUCUCUCUUCCUCCCAGCUUUAUUUUUUGGGGACAAAAGUGCAUAAACGGUAAUUCAGAACA